AUGUCAUUUAACUGUGCCUCCGUGUCGAAUCAGUCCCUCCAGCUCAGUGACCAACUACACAGUCUCUUGCUGAUGCUAUGUGAAGAUCUGCCACAUAAAAGACUUUCUCCUGAAUCAAUUCUGGAAGCGUGUGAGGCACAUCAGAAGGAAUCUUCUUCCUUACCAGUAAAUGUCUACAUAAAGAAAAUGGUCCAGUUUGUGGUGGGAAGUGUCAGUGAGGUAGAACGAGUAGCCGCUGAAGACAGCACAGCCUCUCAGCUUAACAGAAGUCAUGUCAUAAGGAGAAGACUACAUGAGAAAAUCCCGGACGCUUCACCACUGUCCUCCCAGAUGAAUCUUCACCGAGACAAUGGAUCCAGAUUAAUGAAUUAUAGCCAGUCAGCAGAAGAUUACAGACAACUGUCUGUGGACUACAGUGACUCUAACAGUAUUUCAGAAAGUACAUCUUUGAUACUAUCUAACCGAGGACACAGGAAAGGGAGAGGUACGCAGACACACAGGUCAUGGGACCCCACCCUUAGUGAAUCAAGGACACAAAGCAGCUACAAGCUCUUCAUAAACAGGUCGGUCAGUGCUGUAGAAGAAAUCCCUGGUGGAGCUCACAAGAACAGCAGGCACAAUCUGCUGAGUUUAGGUUCCACCUUCUCCGUGUCUACAAAGGAUUACACAGCAGCUGCUGCAUCACAGAAAUGUUUUUUCCAAAGGAAGGAAAAGGUGACUAAUGAAAAAUGUAUACGCUGA